GUCCUCCCACACAUGACUGAAUACAAAAUUGGUUCUGAAGAAGUCAUUCAGCAAGGAAUGGGCACUCUUGGAACAGUAGAAGCACACGGGCCUUGGCCAUAUAAAAGGAAUGGAAAAAAUAUAUUUUAUCCUCUGUUACCUGAAAUGACGCAGGGUGAAGUUGAGUUGUCUGAAGGUAUAAUGUCUGCAGCAAUUGGCUUUUCGUAUGAGGAUGAAAGAAGGAAAAUUGUUGAAAAUAGGUUCGAAGGCAAUGCCAUUUUUGUUGAUGAACUGUUCCGUCUAGGUUUCACUGAGAUUGACAGUGCAAAGGUGAAAAAUUUGAAGGAUGCUUGGAACGAAGAUGAUCAAGUAGUCCUCAAGUCGGAGAUGCAUCUUCCAAGUUUUGCAUCAGGUGUCGUUAGAAAGAUCGAAGUUUCUCAGGUUCAGUCCUUCGGGAACAAGAGAUUUGAUUUUUGGAUUAGUGUGAGGGUUGUCAAUGUCCAGGAGCGAAAGAACAGAGAUGUCGAAGAAGAAUUGGAAAAUGCCAAGGAUGGAGGCUUUGUUGUAGUCCAUCCGUUUCUGUUUAAAGGAUUGGAAAGUCGUCGAGAACACUAA